CUUUAAUCUCUUUGCAUUGGCCACAGCGCUUUAGCUCAGCUACAGCUAGCUAACGGCAACAAACACAGCACAGCAGCCGAGGCGUGAGUCUGGAGCUUUCGCCAAACGCAAACUCUGUAUCCAGGGCUAAAAUGGCCUCUCUAGGAGAACCUGUGCGUCUGGAAAGAGACAUAUCUCGUGCCAUUGAGCUGCUGGACAAACUCCAGAGAACAGGGGAAGUGCCUCCCCAGAAGCUGCAGGCGCUGCAGAGGGUUUUGCAGAGUGAGUUCUGCAAUGCUGUACGGGAGGUGUAUGAGCAUGUGUAUGAGACAGUGGACAUAAAUAGCAGCCCAGAGGUGAGGGCGAAUGCAACAGCGAAGGCUACAGUGGCUGCAUUUGCAGCCAGCGAGGGUCAUUCUCACCCACGUGUGGUAGAGCUCCCUAAAACAGAGGAAGGACUGGGGUUCAACAUCAUGGGUGGGAAGGAACAAAACUCACCCAUCUACAUCUCCCGCGUCAUUCCUGGAGGCAUCGCCGAUCGGCACGGUGGCCUGAAGAGAGGAGACCAGCUGCUGUCCGUUAAUGGAGUGAGUGUAGAAGGAGAGCACCAUGAGAAAGCUGUGGAGCUGUUGAAGGCUGCUCAGGGUACAGUGAAGCUGGUGGUACGGUACACCCCUAAGGUCCUAGAAGAGAUGGAGUCGCGCUUUGAGAAGUUGAGGUCUGCCAAACGCCGGCAACAGAACAACUUCCCCCAGUAGGGCGUCUCGCCUGAGCCCUCCACCCCUCCCAUCUCUCCUUCCCUCUCUCUCACUUUCUCUGUCAUUGUCUUUAAUUCUUCUGCCAUCUGUCUUCCUCGUUCACACUCGCUCACCCCCCCCUUCUCCAGCCAGGGAUUAGCCACAUGUUUGGCACUCCUUUUUGUGAAAAUUUUCUAAAUCCUCACCUCCUCAACAGUUUUUUAACAGUCUUUUCACACACUUCUUUCUCAUAACAUGAACACUACUACACUGGCUCUGGAUGUUGUCAUGUAGACAUCACACACACAUGUAUUAUUGGUGCAUAACUAAGAAUGUAUUGUCAUUUGGGAUGUUGAUUAGUUAGAUAUGCAAGGGGACCAUUGCAAUGUUCAACUCCUGAGGUCAUCUGAAUGAAAAUGUCAAAAAAGUGCCUCAAGAGAUUUACAAAAAAGCCCCCACUACAUCCCAUCGUAGGCUGUGUUUUAUGGUCCAAACACAAAAUGAGUGAACACUACAACCAUGUUAAAAUGCUAAAUUACUGUAAGUUUCAUCAUCUCAGAAUAACACAUCAUUGAGUGAAGGUUUUAUGAUGUAUUAUCAUGUGCUUUUCUUAUUGUUUGCCCACAGAAAAAGGAAAAGUCCACCAGAAAUAAAAAUAAAUAAAUAAUAACAUCUCACUUUGAGUCUCCAGAGCGAUAAAUGGCAGAGCGGUGACACAAGCAUCCCAUCAGUACUGCUGUUUUAAACGCAAAAUGUCAGCUGUAAAUAUACUCCUGUACAAAAAAUGCCAGACCGAUAUCGCUUACUGACCCAAACUGAUUGACUCUUCGCAUCAUGUUUACAGUACAAACUGACAUUUUUUUCUUUCAUGAAUGUGUGGGAAAAAUGUACAUUAACUGGUAUAUCAGCUCAAUUGAGUUCAAUAUCAACCUUUAUCAACAAGAAUAUUAAACUAUUUGGGUUUGUUUAGACUCUUUUAGAGCCACAAAACAUGUUACAUACACUCCUGAUUGCUCCAUUUAAACAGUCAGCUUUUGAUUGAAAAUAUGUGAAUGGAGUGUUUAUGAAUAGUUCAACCAAACAUCAGUUCAGAGGAGAUGCUUGUGGCACUGUUUGGGUGUUAGAUAAAUAGAAAAUGAAUUGGAAAAUACAAUUUUUUUUUGUAACAUAUGCCCCUUAAAGCACACAGAAACAAUGAAGCAGUUACCUAGCUAUUAUUCAGGCUUGCCUUCCAGUUAUUGUUUGUAGAAUUUAAGAUUUUAAUUUAAAUCCUCACAGCAGAAACACUUAAGUUUAAAACCAUAAGGAGAAUUGUAUUGUUUUAUGGCUGUUUUAUCGUUUGUUGUUUCAUAACACUUUCUGAGUGUUAAUGUGGCACUUGCCUUUCAGUCAGCUGUGGGUCCAUAUGUUACACCCAAUUCACGCUGAUCAUUACAAAGAUCUGCAUCAUGUUUCAGAAUCAGUUCACUUAAAUGGUUAUAUUAGCAUAUCAUGAGGUAGCAACUGAGCAUAAUGCUAGCAAAACAGCAAUGAAUGCAUAAAGGAAUGUUUAAGAAUACCAACCUUAUUCACCAUUCAUUAUAUGAGACGUCUAAAUGAAGCUCAAGAGAAAUUGUGUAUUAAUUGGUGCUGUCAUUUUCAUUUUCUUUCAUUUAUUUUGUCCUAUUUUUUUUUUUGAAAAGUCAGUAAUUAAUUCACGCAUAUCAAUGUCUACAGGGAAAGAGAUGCAGAUCUCGAGCUGAGAUUUGAUCAGGUCUUCUCCAGAUACUUUAGUGGCUAAAAAUGCAGUCCCGUUACAUUC